CAUAACGCAUGCACUUGAGUCGCCACAGCAGGACGCAGAAGAAGACGACGACUGUAGAGCCUGGUUCCGCGCCACAGAUUGGGUGCUCCACACUGAGUUUUUUUUAGAGAGACGCACAGCACAGAGCGAACGCUGAGUCACACACACACACACACACACACACACACACACACAAGGAGGGUGAAAGCAGAAGGAUCACUUUAUACCAGCAUACAGCGCGUGCUCUUUCUCACACACACACCCUCAGGCUGUGGAAUCAAUGAGCGCAGAGUCACGCCGGUGCGUAAAGUUGGUGAGCUGAUCCUUUCUCUCGCUUCCAUUUGUUCCUGAGGUUUUUGCGGAGCAGCGCAGCGCUGCUGAAGUCCCGGUUUCAGCGGAGCUUUCACACCGAUCCCAGUGUCUUUGUCUGUGGAUGAGCCGGUCUGGGUGGAUGGUUAAAGCUCUCUAGAGCAGCGCACUGGAAGUCUCCCUGUGAACGAGCUACACGCGUGGACAUGACAAUGGAUUUGCUGUUGCUAUAGCGAAGAAUUACUGCGAUUUUUGAGUAUUUAUUUUAUAAGAUUUGUGGAUUUUUCCCCCCCCCUCCAAUAUAUAUUUUUUGACGCAAAGCCCGCAGAGGUUUCAGAACUCAUCGUGUGGAAUUACAACCAUGAACAUUGUUGUCACUUUGCUACAAAUCCUGUCGGCAGCGCUUUUUUACCUGUCCAGUGUAAAGACUGCCAGCAUUAACAAGGACGUGGAGAAGAGUAAAAAUGAGGUCAUCUCGUUCAAUGACGUCUACACAAAGAGUUUAUGUAACACCAGGGAGGUGUUGGUGGACAUCUCCCACGAAUAUCCGGACACGGAGCACACGUACAUCCCCUCGUGCGUGGUCCUUAACCGCUGCGGAGGCUACUGCAACGACGAAGCGCUGGAGUGUGUGCCCACGGAAACUCGUAAUGUCACAUUGCAGGUAAUGCGGCUGAAAACGAUGGUGACGCAAAAGGUCAUUGACUUGAGCUUCGUAGAGCAUCAAAAGUGUGAGUGCAGAUUAAAGCCAGAUGUUCAAGUAAAGAAAGAAUACCACUGUGUGCCUUGCUCAGAGAGAAGAAAGCGCUUGUAUGUGCAGGACCCUCUCACCUGUAAAUGCUCCUGCAAAUUCACACAAUUAGACUGCAAGUCCAGACAACUUGAGUUAAACGAAAGAACUUGCAGAUGUGAGACACCGAGGAGGUGAGACCAGUGACACUGUUAUGAAGGAAUUCUUUUCUUAGCACAGCACUUUGAAACCUGAGGAUGCAUUCCCUGCAAGGACAUGAAAAAAAAAACGCAAGACAGGACACUCUGGACGUCAGAUUUGCCACUGUCUGUUUCCUGCAUAAGGAUAUUUAUAUAUAUAUAUCUAUAUAUAUAUAAUAUAUAUGUGUGUACAUAAACUAUACAGUACCUUGACAAUGUGUAAUGCUGCUACAUGAAGAUACUAUUUAAAAACAAAAACGAAUGCGCCGCCGGCGCGUGAAUGGGAAAAUGUCUUGGUGGUGUUCUGCCCGUGGGGUGGAACUGGGAGAAGAAAUCUGUUUUUAUUCUUUUUAUUUGAUGUAACACUUCACUGGAUGCUGGUCUGCUGUGGAUAUGACUCCCAAAUAUUUCUAAAGUAAAAUGUGCAACCUUCGUGGAGGCAGAUGCCAAAUCUGCCGCUGAACUCUCGCAGAAGAGACUGACGG